AUGCACUUCUCACUCCUGAUGGCUUUGGCCACUUUGGCGUCGCCCUUUCGAGGGGUCGCAGCCCUCUCAAUGCAAUUGACAGAACGAGAGAUGCCGGCCGUCUUUUCUCUUCCAGUAGAUUAUCGCCCCGUCUCUCAGGCGAAACUGCAGAAAAGGAAUCCAUCUCCUACCGUUCAAGCAGACACCAUGCUUUACGACCUGACACCCAUUGUCAAAUUGAGUGUCGGAACGCCACCACAGCUGAUAGGACUGGUAGUAGAUCUCCAAAUGGGUUUCAUCGCUUUUCUCGUGCCGAACACCACGGAUUGUGUUCCGCAGUCAAACGCAACCUCAGCACAAUAUAAUUGCGCUACUGACGACUAUUGCGUUACCAUGGGCUACUUUUGCCCUGCAUCAUCAUCAACCAUGAAGUCGAUACAGCCCUCGAAAUCAGACCCGGAAGGCCCCGUCAACGCGGAUGUCGUGACAGUCGGCAGCCAGAGAGUAGAUGGCGUCCACAUGUGGCUAAACGAUAUCUCUCCAGGCGAAUACAGUAGAAUGGGCAUUUCGCCUGGCUCGCCCUUCUUAUACCUAAUGGUUGACCAGGGCUUCAUCAACUCUCCGUCAUUCAGCCUUUGGAGCUAUGGGACUCCAAAUAACCAGGGACAGUUGCUUUUCGGUGGAGUCAACAAAGCAAUGUACAAAGGGACGCUCCAAGCAUUUCCUCUUUCAGGACCAAAUAACAACGUGAACAUGCCAAUCGCAGCAGUUGUUGUAGAGAGUGGCGGCAACGCAGUAUUAUCUACGAUUGACAUCUUCACUUUCCUUCCCAAUAAGACAGUACAGCAAAUUUAUGCCGAUCUUGACAUCACUCCGACUUUCAUCCCGAGCUUCAAUGCUUCUAUGGGUAUCGUUGAUUGUGCCAGAACGCAAUCCGAGAAUCGAACCGUCUCCCUAGUAUUUGGUAACGCCACGAUUUCGGUACCUUGGAGCGAACUAUUCAUCCCUUUUGAAGACGAUACCUGCGAGUUUACCAUCGUGCCAUACAGGCCGGACUUGACUUAUGGGCCAGGCAGCGAAUUACAAAUUGGCGCUACUGUCCUUCAAUACAUGUAUUUGGCUGUGGAUUACGAUAACAUGUUCGCCGCCGUGGCGCCACUGAAUCCCAACCCAGGCCCGGAUAAUAUCUUAGAAAUAGGGAACGGGACACGAAUUCCGGACGCUGAUGGGGACUUUCCAGCUACCAUUACUCCGUACGGGGCACCGACGUUAACCACCACAACCACGGGGUCCCUGCCAACAUCAACGACAGCUUCAAAAGCGCAAGCCGUAACAUUUACACCUAGAGCUAUGGAUAUAAUACUUGGGCCAGACGUGGACAAGAUUCUGAAUGACUAUUCGAAUCCGCCUUGUCAGAAUCAAGAUGACACCCCUAAGGUGUUACGAGCAUUCCUUAAAUACUUGUGCGAAGAGGCAAAAACACUGUUGAUGCAAGAGAUCAAACAGUUCAACGGAAGAAUAGCAUUAAGGCAGCUCCGCAAUUUCCUCGUCGACUCAAUAUUAAAGAGUAUGCUAAUAGCUGGCAGCAAACAACCCAAAUCACUUACGCCGUCCCCCAUCGUGAUCCCUGGCUUGACUGCAGAGGAAAGUCAAAAUCAACUAGAGUUAAGGAGCGACCACACUGCUGUCAAGCAAGCAUGCUUGGCAAGAGACGGUCACCGCUGUGUUCUCACCGGCAUGGUCGAACAACUUCAUUUCAUGAGUAUACCGUCACAAAACCGUGGAGAUUUAUGGUCUUGCACAACCGAAUGUGCACAUAUCGUUCCCUUUUCUUUGGGAAAGCUCAACCCGAACUCUACCCAGGAGGUUGAGACCAAGGCCCAGAUUUGGAGGGCGAUUUACCGCUACUUUCCCUUCGUGGCAGGGAAAAUCGGACCCGAAAAUAUCAACGCUCCCGAAAAUGCUAUAACUCUGAGGUCAGAGGCUCAUAUGGAAUUUGCCGCACAUCGUAUUGCCGCUGAACCUACGAAGACGGAACACAACUACCAUAUCCAUGAUCUCGGCGCAGUUUAUUCCGUAGCUCGAGAUUUAUCGAACACGAUCACUAUGAAACAAUCAGACCCAGCAAUUGCGAUGCCAGAUCCCAACCUCCUGAGGCUACACUACCAAGUAUCGAUGAUCCUGCAGGAAAGUGGUAUUCGAGAGAGAUAUGAGAGGACCAUGUGGGAAAAUGAAGAUAAUUCGAUCCAAAACAUUCAAUGUGAUGGCUCUACAGAUCUAGGGAAUAUCUUGUCCAGCAAAAUGCUCACAGACAUCUAG